CGGGAAUGCUGACGGAGACAGAAGCCUCGAUCUCACCCACAUCUCAACACCAUCACCCUUCAACCUCCCACCAUCCACAACCCCCUGUCACAAACACCUACUAUCAAUCAUGUCUUCCCAAAGCCCCAUCUCUCAAUAUCUAUUCGCCAUCCAAUCACUCCCACUCCUCGGCAGCGGCCUCUACACCCUCCUUUCUCCCGCUUCCGCUGCGCAAUCACCGUAUCUACCUCUGCGGGGCGUCAGCAUAGGGACUAUCCAAGCAAUGAGUCUUUCCUCCUUGACGCUGGGCACUUUCUAUGCUCUCGUCGCCUAUCAGAAUAACACCCAGAUGAUGGUGGCUACGAUACCGACACGGUUUCUGGCCGCGGUGGUGUUCUAUCAGACGGGUGAGGACGCGUGGAAACAGGUCGCGCCUUUCGAGGCGGUGAUGGGGGUUGUUACUGCUGUGGGGGUUUGGUUGUGGGGAUAGUUGGGGAAUGGAAGGAGGUUGUUAUCCUUCCUGGAUAGACGUGAGAAAGUGUCAUUUAUUUAUCGAGAACCCUCGCCGAAGAUGUUUGUAAUUCAAAAAAGGUACGCACGAUCGCAAUUUGCGUCUGCAGAGAGAGUUGUACCUACUGGCAUCUCUCACCCACCCAGUGCACUCCACAGAAGAGUGAACAGCCAUCCCAGUUACAUGCAAUUUUACCCUUAUCCAGACACUAGAUCUCCACCUAGUGGUCAACUAACAAAUAUGCCAAUAAACAUAAGUAGUCUGGUAUGCGGUUCUGGAAUCAAUAAACUGGAUAUCAAAAACAGUUAGCACGUAGUUUUCUCUGUUUCUCCUAGAGCUGAGGAAUCACACGAGUGAGUG